AUGUUCAUCAACUCAUUCAUCGGAGGAGGUCUCCUUUCUUUUGGAUGUGCCCUCUCCCUCUCCACCAAUGCCUCCCCAUGGUUCCAAACAAAUGCCCCGGGUCUCAUCCGUACUAUCUCUGCGAUGGUUUUCCCUGUUGGUUUGAUCAUGGUUGUGCUUACGGGGGCGGAUUUGUUUACAAGUUAUUGCAUGUAUAGUGUGGUUGCUUUGUUACAUCGUCGUUGUAGCUUUUUGGAUUUGCUGAAGACAUGGUUUGUGAGUUUCUUUGGAAAUUUGGCGGGAGUGUUGUUUUUCAUGGCGGUUCUUACCGGUUAUGGUGGCACAUUCGAGUCUGGAGUAUUCAAGGAUGAAGCUCUUUCUUUUGCGAAAACGAAAGCAGUCAUACCGGAAUGGCAUCAGAUUUUCCUCAAGGCAAUUUUGUGUAAUUGGCUCGUCUGCCUGGCCGUUUUCCUCGCCAUCUCUUCCCGCGAAGUUUUCUCCAAGAUCGUUGCUAUCUGGUUCCCUGUGAUGUGUUUCGUCGGCUUGGGAACUGAUCACGUUGUUGCUAAUAUGUACUUUAUUCCCCUCGCCAUCUUCCUCAAAGCACCUCCUCCUCUCACCGUAAGCUACUAUAUCUGGAAAUCGAUGAUCCCCUCCCUCCUCGGAAAUAUCAUAGGUGGUGGCGUCUUCUGCGGUGGCGUCUACUGGUAUCUUUUCCUGGCCGACGAAACGGUCCCCAUUCAUUUUGAUACUAUGGAUGCCAAUACGGCGGUUUAUGAACAAGGUGGUCCGAUUCAAAGAGAGGUUACGGCGGACGGGGCGGGGACUGGCUAUGGUCUUGCGAUUGCGAUUGCGAAUGCGAAUGCGAAUGCGAAUGCGAAUGCGCAUAAUAAGGAUGUGGUGCCUAAUUCGGGUAAUAAUGGGAGGAGUGGUAUAGCGAGAGAUUUGCAUUUGGGAGUAGUGGAAGGCUUGGGGAGGAAAAAGGAGGGGUCUGAGGGCAGUAGUGGCCCUGGAAGUGUUUAG